UCGUUCCAGAAAGUUGCAUUCGCAUUCAGUUCUCUGCCACCGGGCGAGCAGUUAAGAGAUCGAAUCUGAUCGGAUCGAAAAAUUAAAUUAAAUUAAUAAAGUGCAAAUUGGAACGGAAUGAGCUAUAACAACGUGAUUUGUACGAUCUGUUCGGAUCGGUAUCGCACCACAGACAAUAUUCACGCCGGUACCUGUGGACACGCCUUCCACGAGGAGUGCCUGAAUCGCUGGCGAGAGCAAUCAAGAACUUGCCCCAUCUGCCGCUGCCAGGAUGCCACGUACUUUCAGCUCUAUCUGGAUUUUGAGGAGUUGCCGGAAAGCAGAUCGGCGCAGGGGGCUGGCAGUACAAGUGGGCGGAAUCAGAACCAAGGUCACAGCGACAGCAGCCUCAGCAGCAGCAGCAGCAACAGCAACAACAACAUCAUUGCCAGCAGUACUGGCGAUUACGGGGGGAUUAUGAGAGAGUAUGAGAAUCUGCUAUAUGAGACGGGCGUGUAUCAGGAGGAGAUAGAAUAUCUAAAUGAGCGCAUCGGUGCCCUAACCCUUCGUAAUUCUCAACUCUGCAAAGUCCAUGGAGAGUCGGACACGGAUUGUGAUUAGAAGCCCGCAAAAUAAUACAAACAAACAGAAACCCCUCUGUCUAAACAUUUCGUUAUCUGCAUAUGUUGCUUUAAAUUAUUAGGACAGAUAAGAAUUGCUAAGGACGCUGAGGCAAACAAAAGAUACGAGAAAACAAUAUAACUAACAUAUUUGCGAUAAAUUGGAUUUAUAAAGGGAAAGACAGGGAGAUAUGAUAUAUAUUAAACUACAUUUAAGAUAAGUUAUCCAAUUCUAAAUAUUGAUUGGCAGUAAAACAUCAAAAAACAUUGAUUGAUGAAAAAAAUAUUUUAAAUUAUGAGAAAACGGA